AUGAUCAUAGCUGUCAUUCCAGCGGCGCGCUACAUUAUUGAUGAUGCAACCGGAGUCAAUAUCACGCUGCAAACAGCGUGUCUCCACAUUUGUGGAAGCUGCAAUAAACUCUCUGAAGAGGGCGUGCCUCUUCGCGAUCCCUCCACGGAUGCUCUGGUCAUGGAUCUCAGGGCCUAUGUGACUGGUUUCCGUGGGGACUGGAAGGCUCUGAAGCAAACCUUCAAUUUCGCCAGGUAUGCUGACAAGGAUGAGGUCUGCUGGAUGUGCCUCGCUACAAAGGGGGCCACUGCUGAUAGUUUGUCUAUGUGCUACACGAAUGUUAACGAUGAUGCGCCCUGGCUUGAGACAAUGGGGGUUGUGCCAUGGGAAUUUACACCUGCGUACGCGCAGCUUACUGGUUUCCAGCUGACCUACAUUCAACCUGAUAUUCUGCACUGCUGGCAUCUGGGUACUGGAAGGGAUCUUGCAGCGUCAGCUCUGGUGUUCAUGGUCAAAGGUGGCCUUUGCUUUGCUGGAAGUACGCAAGCUGAGAGACUAGAGGGCGCUACGAUUCAGCUCAAAGAAUUCUGCAAAGAGCGGCAAUUGCCCCUGAAGUUGCACAAGCUCUCCAAAUCUAAGUUGAAUUGGAAAUCCAAAGCAAUGCCCGAGCUGAGAAGCUCUGGCUAUGACACCUAUGUUGUGGUCAAGUGGCUAACACAUGUGUGUGAGCGUUAUUCUGCUGUCCUUCCUCGGGAUCUAUGUUUCGCCCUCUGGGCUGGGAAUCAUGUGCUCUCCAUUCUUUCCAAUGCUGGCAGGUUUCUCACGCCCCUGGAACAAUCAAACAAAAACACCUUUGGCGAUGCAUUUAUGCACGCGUAUGUGCGACUUGCCAACGAAAGUUUGCCAAUAAACUUAGCCGGCAAGGUGGCCAUCCUCGCAUCGACGUCGCUCUCACAGGCCCUACUUGACAGCCUGCGUCUGUCAGAAGAAUAUAAAUUUGCCGUCAUGAAGAGUCCAGCGCCAGAAGUUCCCGUUGUGAAGGGGCACGCCACAGGGGAAGACGCCCCGAUGAAAGUAGCCCUGCAAUUCGUGAAAGCGAUGGAAGCAAACGGCAUCGAGGUCACCAUAGCUGGGUCGUUGGCACGUAACGUGACAGAACCACGAUUCACAAAGGAUAUCGAUGUGAACCUGCGUCUCGGACCUGGCAGUGUCGACAAGUUUGUGGCAGCAGCGACAGCCGUCGGUGCUGAACUACGAAGUGAGAUCGGGAGGCCAAGACGUGGACGGGGCAUCCUUACGGAUGACGAGGUCUUCCUCGUUAUUGGAAUCAUCUACAGCGGCAUUCCGAUCGACGUUUUUUUCAACACUUGGUGGGGCAGUCAAGAUGCCGUUGAUGAUGCGUUUCUAGUAGAGGUUGAUGGACAGGGUUGGCGCUUCAUUUCUCCCACCAGUCUUUGUCUUUUCAAGAUUUUGUUUCUGUCAGAGUCCUCUCCUGAGCGCGUUUUGCUAAAGCACAUCGAGGACAUUUAUGCCUUGCUCGAAGUGUCAAAGAUUCCGGUUGACCGCAGAUAUGUUUCUGCGUCUAGUGUCCAAACUACUACCCAGCACAGACUUUCGCUUUAA